AAAGCUUAAGUUUUUGAUUAAAAAAUAUAAUCUUUGUUAUUAAUAAAAAAUAUAAUUCAUUUGAAAAGAAUAGCAAGUAUAAGUAUCAAUUUAAAUAAUAUCAAAAUGCAAUACGAUAGAAAAGAUAUUGAGAACAAUCCUGACAAUUUAAUUGUUAUGGAUGAUGAUACACAUGACUUAAAGCCAUAAUAAGAUAAGAAUUAAAAUAUAGGUUAUAUUCCUUCUGGAUAGCCUGUUUAAGAAGAAGAUAAUCAAUUGAAAUAAAAUGCAAAAAAUUAGUAUUAAGGGAAUUAAAAUAAUUGGAAUUAUGGCAACAACAAUUAUUAUGGAGUUGGCCUUUAAGUAGAGAAUUUAACUUUAGAACCGAAGCAACCGUAUUAAAAUUUCUACUCUCCCUUUUAGAGUAGCUUUCAGCCAUUAAAUUAAAAACCUAAUGGUUAAGUAUAAGGGACUUAAAUAAAUUAAUUUGGAAUGCCUGCUCCUUAUGCAGGUGGAUUUUAUGGAAGCGAUAAUUAGGGAGGUAUGGUUAUGCCAGGAAUUCCAGUUCAGGUAGCUGAGCAACCACAAAUAAACUAAAAUAUUGCAGGUUUAGGUUAAAAUGCAAUUGUAGUUAUUGAUGGCGACUAAUAAAUAAGAUAGCAACUUAUUUUUAGAAUAAGAAAGAAUACAAAAUGGUUCACAGGAUGCAACGCUUGCUUUACAAUUUUGCUGGUAAUUAAUUUACUGAACAAGAUAAGUCUAUAUAACAGUAGUGACGAUUCUUCUUCCAGUGAUAAAUCAUCAACCGGAUUCGGGAGUAUAAAUAAUAAUUCUAAUGAUGGAGAUUCCCCAAAUAACCUUUUGCGUGCUUCAGCUGUUAUUUCUAUUAUAGAAUAUAUUUUAUGGUUCAUAUUUAUUAUCCUUGCUAUUCAUGGAUUAACUAGCAGUAAACUCCACUUUGUUAGAUAUUAUAUCAAGGGUUUGAUUUUAUGCAUUUGUAUGGAAAUUUUAGCUAACAUUCUUAUAUUUGCAGGGUUCGGUGAUUAAUCUGGAGUAAAGAAAGUGUCUUAUGUAAUAAUUUUCAUUCUUACUUUACUCAUUCUAUAUUCCUUUAUAAAGAAUGCCAAGAAUUUGCUAUUUGAUAUAGAGUAAUAUAAAACUAAAUUUGGUGGAAAUCCCAUCAGUGAUUAGUUACAACCAGCAGUUCCUCCUGUUGGAGUUUACAAUUAAUAAAUGGUUAAUGCUAACAUGAAUAAUAACUACAUAUAGAAUCCAUAAUAAGUAUAAUAAAGAUAUUAAUAUGAAAAUGGGAAUGGAAUAAAUUAAUAUAACAAUCAUGGAGCUCGUUUGUGA